GAUACCGCUCUUUUCAAUUUUCUCGACUCAUAUUCCGGGUGACAUUGCAGAAAGGAAUAAAACUCAAAUACUUCUUCAAUCUUCGUACGGAUUUAAUUGAUUGAUUAAUUAACUUUUCACUGUUAAAAAGUGAAGACGUGAACAGGGUCCAGUUAAAAAAUGGCUCUCGAAUCCCUCUGUGGUUUUAAGAGUGGUGGACUCCUCUUUUCAAAAUUUGGUAAUCUUUCCGAAACCGAGGAUGAUAUCGAUGCUCAUACUCCUAACAUGAAGGAUAACAUGAAACUCAUGAUGCCACCUGCUUUGGACAUCCCAGAGUUGGAGUCCUUCAAACUCGACUAUUUGUCUCCCUUUCACUCCGCGAAGGCUCCAGGACCUUUCGGCUUCAUCCCUUCCGGACCAAUUUCAUCCUACGGGCCACGCCCCGCCACCUCUUCGGCCGGAAAUAAUAGCGGUGCCCCCGCCCUCCACAUGGCUCACGGAACAACAACGCUCGCCUUCAAGUUCAACGGUGGUGUUAUCAUUGCUGUCGACUCUCGUGCCACGGGAGGAAUGUUCAUCGGGUCACAAGAGGUCAAGAAAAUUAUUGAAAUUAAUGAAUUUCUCCUCGGUACGAUGGCUGGCGGUGCAGCGGAUUGUGUUUAUUGGGAGCGCGUCCUCUCGAAACACUGUCGCCUUUACGAGCUAAAGAAUCGUGAGCGAAUCUCGGUUGCGGCGGCGAGCAAAAUCCUGUCCAAUAUUGCUUACCAGUACAAGGGAUAUGGCUUAUCGAUGGGGGUGAUGAUCGCUGGGUGGGACAAGCGCGGACCAGGACUUUAUUACGUAGACGACGAUGGAAGGCGAGCGGCUGGAAAAUUGUUCAGUGUCGGGAGUGGAGCAACGUAUGCCUUAGGCGUGCUGGAUGCAGGAUAUAGGGAGGACUUGAGCGACUUGGAAGCUCAGGAAUUAGGACGACGCGCCAUUUUUCACGCGACCCAUCGCGACGCUGCAUCUGGAGGUGUAAUUCGAGUAUACCACGUGAAAGAAAACGGUUGGCAAAAGAUUUCUGAAGUUGACAGCGACGAGUAUUACGAUAACUACUCGCAGCAUAAGAUGGCCAUUAAGCCAUAAGUCGUCUUUUUAACUCUAAAAUUUCAUAUGAGACCCAAAAUUAUAAUUAAUAAUCUAUUGAUCAAAACCAAAAGUAACUUUUCUCUUUAAAAUCACAUCUCUCUUUUUUACAAGGUUUUGUAGGAUAGAUUUAAUUUAAACAAUUUCAAUAUUAUUGCAUUCAGUAUGCACGAAUAAAAAUUACGUAAAUUCAUAACAACAUCUACGUCAAAUAGUUUAUUAAUAGUUCAAACUUAAUGCUUAGAUGGCUUCAUUACACAUAAUUGCGUAUGUUGGAAACUACAAAUUCAAAUCAACAAGUGCAUGAUGACUAAUAGUAUCACCUGCUGUUCUGCUACGAACGACAUUAUACAAAACAAUUGAUAUAAAUUAUAGUAUAAAAAAGUUAUGACAAAUAA